AUGGUUAAUAUUAAACGAUUAGAAGAUGAAUAUCACAAGAAAACACCAAUUUAUUGGUAUACUUGUCAAAUGUUCUUGUUUCCCAUGCUCAAUCGUGCAUUACGAAUGAUGGAUGGUGAUAUCAUUACACAUAUGGGCUUCUUCAUUGGUGAUCUCCAUCAACAAAUUGAACAACUACACAAGAAACAAUAUGCCGAUUCGACUGUUGCAGACACAUUUACCGUUUAUCGCGGUCAAGGUUUUUCUACAGGGGAUUUCGAACAAAUGAUGAAAACCAAAGGUGGUCUUAUUUCAUUCAAUAAUUUUUUAUCUACUAGUAAAGUUCGCAAUAUAUCACUUAAUUUUGCUCAUACUGCCAUAAUAAAUCCAGAUCAAGUGGGUGUCCUGUUUAUCAUGACAAUUAAUCCUACUCAAUUAACAACACCAUUUGCUUCAAUUUCAGGUGUUAGUGACUUCCAAGAAGAAGAUGAAGUCUUGUUUUCGAUGCAUAGCGUGUUCCGUAUUCAGGAUAUUAUACAGAUGGCAGGAAAAAAUCGUUUAUAUGAAGUUAAUUUGAUACUGACUGCUGACAACGAUCCAGAAUUGAACAGACUUACUGAUUACAUUCGAGAGGAGAGUUUUCCAGAUGAAGAAGGAUGGUACAGAUUGGGUUUGGUGCUAUUUGAGAUGGGUCAAUUUGACAAAGCUGAAGAUAUUUAUCAAGUUUUACUUGAUCAAAGAAAUGAUGAUAAAGAUAGGGCACUUAUUUACCAUCGACUUGGUAUGCUCAAAAGAAAUCAAGGAAAAUAUCAAGAGGCACUUACACUCUAUGAAAAAUCACUUGCUAUCAAACAAAACACUCUUCCUCCCAAUCAUCCUGAUUUGGCUAAGUCCUACAAUAACAUUGGUUUGGUGCAUUCUAACAUCGGUAAUUAUCCAAAAGCACUUUCUUAUUAUGAGAAAACUCUUGAGAUUGAUCAACAAUCACUUCCUCUUAAUCAUCCUGAUUUGGCUUCUUCCUAUAACAACAUUGGUUUGGUGCAUGACAGCAUGGGUAAUUAUCAGAAAGCACUUUCAUCUCAUGAAGAAGCCCUUAAAAUUCGACAACAAUCACUUCCUCCCAAUCAUCCUAAUAUGGCUUCUUCCUACAAUAACAUUGGUACCGUGCAUGCCAAAAUGGGUAAUUAUCUAAAAGCACUUUCUUAUCUUGACAAAACCCUUGAAAUUCGACAACAAUCACUUCCACCCAAUCAUCCCGAUUUAGCUAAGUCAUACAUUUCCAUUGGUGCAGUGCAUUACGAUACGGAUAAUUAUCCGAAAGCACUUUCUUAUUAUGAAAAAGCUCUUGAAAUUCAACAACAAUCACUUUCUCCCAACCAUCCUGAUUUGAAUAUGUCCUACAGCAAUAUUGGUUUGGUGUAUGAAAAUAUGGGUGAUUACUCGAAAGCUCGUAUAUUUUAUGAACAUGCUAUACAAAUUGCACAACAAUCAUUACCUUCAAACCAGCUUCAUCUUCAAGAUUAUAGAAAUAGCCUCGAACGUGUAAAAAAUAAAUAA